AUGGCGAUGGCGAUGACAGAGAAUAGGUCCAUCUUUUCAUGCUUUGGAUGCGGUGAAGAACCAAAGCAUCAUGUUGUUACCACAUCAGCACGCCCCUCGAGUCAUGAAACAACUCCUGAAAUCGAAGAAUUUCUGGCCUCUCAGAUGAGUAAGCUAAGCGUCGAGGAACGAGAUGAGGCUACUCAUGACAUUCAUUGCGUAGGAGAAGAUAUUUUGGAAACUCCUGAGAUGGUGGAAACUUCACUUGCUGAAUUCGACAAUGCAAUCAAACGUGAGAAAAACGAAACUUAUGAAAUAGCGAUGGCCCAGAACAGAGCAUAUGUUGAAGAUGCAUCUUUUCGAUUAAAAUUUGUUAGGGCAAAUAUGCAUGAUGUCAACCGAUCAGUGAAUAUGAUGCUGAGAUUCUUGGAGCAAAAGGCGCUUCAUUUCGGCAUUGAAAAGGUUGCUCGGGACAUCACAAUAGAUGAUUUGACAGAUGAAGAUAAAAAGUUCAUGCAGUUAGGACUUUUUCACAUCCAGGAGGGCAGAGAUAGGUCUGGUAGAAUUGUUUUUUAUUAUUUCAAUCGCUACGUAGGAUCCCUCAACCCUGCAACUGUGAACCGUAUCUUCUAUUACGUGGUGUUCAACAUCUUGAUCAAUAUGCCUACAGCCCAACUGAAAGGUGUGAAUGGCAUCUAUUACGAUGUAGUAAAAUUGAAGAAAGACGCUGCGGUUCCUGGGUUCAACUAUGUGAAGACUUUCGUCGAUUUUUGGACAUGCAUUCCUAUUCGAUUUUCUUCAACUCACUACUGUUUAAAGAGAAAAAAUCUCGCUCGAAGUGACUUCAUACUUAAAACAGCACUCCAGGCGGCCCAUAAGUAUGUUCAAGCAAGGACUCGAGUUCAUGUUGGCAGCGAUAUUGAGCUCCAGUAUCAACUGCAGGGCCAUGGAAUUCCUAUACAAUUUUGUCCCGUUGAUGGGGAUGGGAAAUACCGAACAGAAAUACUGAAUCGUUGGUUAAACAAGCACGAGUCUGUUCCUGCCUCAAAUCAAGGUAAAGAUGUCAAAAAAAGCAAACAGUCCUUUGUUCCGCUUCGACAUGAUGUCCUACUGGGUCGGGGGAAAUCACUUCAGACCCAUCUAGGCAACAUCUGCUUCCGAGAGUUUGUGAAGCAGUACAGCGAGGAAUAUGACGAAACCCCACGAAAUUACCGAAGAUUAGUGCCGAUCAAGGUGAUCCAAGACCUCAAGAGCCGCGGGAUUCGGUUUCUUCGGCAAGAUGAAAGUACCGGUGAAUGGGUGGAACCCGAAAUUUCAGAUAUCGAGAAGACAGUGGGCCAAGUCUUUCGAAAUCUGAGGAAGAAGCAUAAACCAGAAAGUCUAUAA